AUGCAGGACGCAAAGCACGAUAACCCCAACCCACCUACCUGUGAACAUUCUCAACCGCUUGUCCAAAAUCCGUCUACGUCUCCUCAACAAUCAUACACUGGCCAACAACCACACCCUCAGCAGCAGCAGCCGUACCCUCCACAACCUUACCCUGUGCAACCACCACCACCAAGUACUCACGUUCAACAACAGUUGAGUGAAGGAGAAGCGUACCUAGCAGGUCUUGUUUUACCGUGUGCCCAAGGCAAUCAUACGCCAAAGACGAGGUACGGAAUGGUUGGUAUUAUUACCGCUAUUACGUCGAAAGGAAGUGCGAGCGUUGUGGUGUCACCCUUGCCUGAACCUAAGACCGUUUAUCCCAGUCCGUGA